AGUCCGUGAACGCAGCAGGACGGUACCAACAGUGCGGGUGAAGGGAGCUGCUCAUUCCUGUCAGAAUUUGUGACCAGCUCAGCGUCUGUGAGGUCACAAGACGCCGUCUCACUGAGCAGUCAGCACUGGUGCUACAGAGCUGCCACAGUGUGCCACUGCCUGGAUGCUGCGCUGGGAGGAGAGCAGACGCUGGUGCAAGUCGCUUAAAACACUGGACAUUAACCACAUUGGAACCUGGUCGACGUUUUAUUCAACCAAGUCUUCAUACUUCAGGGACUUGUUACAGGACUCAGAUGCAGACCAUUAAGUGUGUCGUCGUCGGGGACGGAGCGGUGGGAAAGACCUGCCUGCUCAUCUCCUACACCACCAACAAGUUCCCCUCAGAAUACGUCCCCACGGUGUUUGAUAACUAUGCGGUGACGGUGAUGAUCGGAGGAGAGCCGUACACUCUUGGACUCUUUGACACUGCAGGCCAGGAGGACUACGACAGACUGAGGCCUCUCAGCUACCCUCAGACAGACGUCUUCCUCAUCUGCUUCUCCGUGGUGUCGCCGUCUUCCUUCGAGAACGUCCGGGAGAAGUGGGUGCCGGAGAUUUCCCACCACUGCCCGCGGACGCCGUACCUGCUGGUGGGUACGCAGAUCGACCUGAGAGACGACGGCAACAUUCUGGAGAAGCUCGCCAAGAACAAGCAACGGCCGCUAACAAGUGAGGUCGGCGACAAACUCGCUCGCGAUCUGAAGGCCGUCAAGUACGCCGAGUGUUCCGCUCUGACGCAGCGAGGACUGAAGAACGUCUUCGAUGAGGCGAUCCUGGCUGCGCUGGAGCCACCUGAUGCUAAAUCCAGAAGUGGGUGCCACCUGCUGUAGCGGAGUGGUGAUGCGCAGUAAAAUGACUAACACACUUUGCUGACCUGGACGAGACAGAAAAACAUACCGAAUUCAUGAUGUUUAUUCUGUGUAACGAAUAAGUGUUUUAUUUAUUGUUUUAUUCAACAUAACAUUUAAAACAUUUUGUUGAACGGACUCAAAGCUAUGUUUUUAUUUUAUGAAAUUGAAAUUAUUUGUAAUGAAGAUUAAGUUUUUCUUUAUUGAUAUGACGAUUAAACACAAUUGUUGAUCUGACUCUCGCAACAUGGUAUUAAAGACGUGUAAUCUGUUAUAAAUCGAUCCCAAAUUGAAACAUCUUUUCUUAAUUAUUUAACUCAUGAUAAACAAAUCUGUUAAACACCUUCAAAAUGUUUAGUUAGUUAAGUUAAAUCAUUAGUUUAGUUUAUAUAUUAGUUUUAGCGUCAUUUAACUUCUCUUUUAUGGCAAGAAAAUCCUUGUUCUAUAAUACCAUACGGUAUUAUUAAACACAAGCACACAAACAUAACAAUAUAUCAAGGCCUGCAAAAUGUAUUGCGCUCAUUUUUCUUUUCACCAUUUCAUAAUACUGUGAAACUAAUUUCACCGCCUCAGCUAACUGGUGCAGUACCGAAUCGCGCCCGCUAAAGGGAGCUGUUUCACGUGUUAUGACUCUAUCGGUAUGCAAAUUGAAAAGUUUGAUUGACAGAAGAGCAGACGCCCUUUGUUUGACAGAAGAAGAAAAAAAAUCCCGUCAUGCUUUGCUGCUGCUUGAAGGCUUCCAUGUUGUGAGUGUGAACGACUGGAUAACAACAACAAUGCUGCCAUAGGUGGAAUAGCUUUUUGGAAUAAAUUAAA